CAAGCAUACCAAUGUAUGAUUGUUCUUGGUUCUUGAUUCUUGUGCUUUCAAAAAUUAUGAGACUAUUGUAAUUAUGAAACUUGUAAAUUUUUACAAGUUUUAGUUUGUUGCUUUAGAUUCUUCUUUUUAUCCUUUAUAUUACCCACUUUACUGUUAUACAUGUAUUGUCUAGUAAUUGACUAUUUAAAAUAGUGUGUAAUCCGUGUAUUAAAAUAACCACAAGCUACAUAGUCAAACAAUAAUAAAAUGCCGUAUGCAAAUCAACCAGCGGUGCAUAUCACCGAAUUAACAGACGACAAUGUGAAAUUUGUCGUCGAAGAUACGGAAUUAAGCGUAGCAAAUAGUAUGCGCCGGGUGUUUAUCGCUGAAACACCGACUAUGGCUAUUGAUUGGGUGCAACUUGAAGCCAAUUCUACCGUACUCAGUGAUGAAUUCUUAGCUCACCGCAUAGGUCUUAUUCCUCUCAUAUCCGACGAUGUGGUCGAUAAAAUCCGUUACUCAAGAGAUUGUAUGUGUGCUGAUUUUUGCUCGGAUUGCAGUGUUGAAUUUACAUUGGAUGUAAAGUGUACAGGUGACCAAACUAGACAUGUUACAACUGCAGAUCUAAAAUCAAGCGACCCAAGAGUGGUACCAGUAACAUCUAGGCACAGGGAUGAGGACCAGGCUGAUUAUGGUGAAACUGAUGAGAUAUUGAUUAUCAAACUCCGAAAAGGACAAGAGUUAAAACUCCGAGCUUAUGCAAAGAAAGGAUUUGGCAAGGAACAUGCUAAAUGGAACCCUACUGCUGGGGUUUGCUUUGAAUAUGACCCUGACAACUCUAUGAGACACACCUUGUAUCCUAAACCGGAUGAAUGGCCAAAAAGUGAACACACUGAACUUGAUGAAGAUCAGUUUGAAGCGGAAUUCAAUUGGGAAGCAAGACCGAAUAAAUUCUUUUAUAAUGUGGAAUCAUCAGGUGCCUUGAAGCCAGAAAAUAUAGUACUUAUGGGUAUUGUUGUAUUGAAAAAUAAGCUGCUUAAUCUUCAAGUACAGUUAGCACAAGAAGCACAUAAUGAUGCUUUAGCUAUCAACUAAUUUUCAGUUAUGUAGUGUAUUAAGAAAUGAAUAAUGUGAACAAUAAAUAUAAUAUUAAAUAAUUAAGGAG